AUGCUGCUACCACUCAACCUGCUGCUUUUGCUGCUGCCACUCUCCACGGGGCAGCAAUGUGCCCACUUCUCCCACGACGUUUUGAUCUCUCGUCUCGAGUCACAUAUCCUAAAGUGUCUUGGCUCUAGCAUUUCACCUAUUACACUAUCAACGCUGAUAGAGCGCUUUGGGGUAAAUGACUUUGACCGUCACCAGCCGCUGGCACUCGUGCUUUUCUCCAACUCUAGUGACGUGUUGCACGCUUUAAGUGGUGCUGUGGCAUCUUCAUUAUUUGGUGCUUCUCGGUCUUCGCGGACAGUGCAGUCCAUCGAUUUCCAGGAGCUGCUUGAGUCUUCGCGAACCUCCAACUUUGACAUCAGGCAGACGAUACGCGUCGCUCUGGCUACACCACUCGACGCCUGCCCCGAUCGCAAUUUAUUCGUUUUGGAUAACGCGCAGGCACUGGAUGAUGCCGCUUUGCCAGUGCUUGACUUGUUUCUAGACCCUCUCAACGGCAAACGCGCUCAGUACCAGCACUAUGUGGAGGGUAAGACUGGCCGCGUGUAUGACUGUACCAAUUCAGUGUUCCUGUUUCUCUACAAAGUUAGAGCAAGUCGUUUUCCAGUCAAAAGUAUGAUGUCCUCAAACCACUGGCGCGAAUAUUUGGUCCAGCAAUGGACAAGAUCUGAAGGAACUAUUGAAGAAUUUACACCAGAGGCAUUUGUUGGAAGACUAAAUGAUGGUGUGGCAGUGUUUCUACCCGGAGACGAUGAUAGUAUCGACGCAACGUUCAACCAGUUUAAGGAGUCUAAUGAAUGGCGUCAACUGUGCGAUGUUCAGCUACACGACAUGGAAGACAAAGCAAUUGAGGUUGCGGACUCUACAAAAAAGUAUGCAUCAGCUGCGCUAGCUGUUAUUGCUGAAACUGUUGCUGCCAAAGCCUUCAUGAUUUCUAGAGCAAUCGCUAUGAUUUCAAUCCCAGCCUUUUUGCUUAUUCUCACGAGGGCAAAGCGUUGGAAUGGAGAUACAAAGCAGAGAAAAAGAGGCACUAUUCACCGGCGCAGCAGCGGCAGCAACAAUACUCGACAUAGAAAGAAAAAAGUGCGGAAGUGA